AGCGCACCCAUUCACCAUUCUUGUAGGGAGGCUACCACUAUAGUUACUACUACUGGCCCUGGCGCUGGCCCUUAAAAAUUGGGCGCUUUUUAUGUGGUGCUGUGGUGCCAUGUAUGUAUGUGCUGCAACGCCGCGGGAGCGGGCGUGACACAUUGUCUUAUGGAAUGGCGGACAAGGACACCCACCCCCACCACUAUCCCUCCUCCUCUUCUCCACCGCCUCCUCCUCCUCCUCCGCCGCCACAUUCUUUGCCCUCAUCGUCUGGCGCGGCGCCUUGCUCCUCCUCCGCCACCGCCGCCGCCGCCGCCGCCUCCCAGCGCCACCAGCGCCUCCUCCAGGGGACGAAUCUCAAGCAGCAGCAGCACGGCGCCGCGGAUCUACGGCGAAAUCCCGGUGUGAAGCACGGUGUCGCGAAUCACAAGCCCGGCGGGGUGAAUCUGCGGCAGACGCAACAGGUUCUUGUCAAUCACAGGCAGGAUCUUGCGCGGCCCGAGCAUAAUCUCGCGAAGAAGCCAGCGGCUGGGCAGAUUCUCGCGCGGCACGAGCAGAAUCUCGCGAAGCAGCCAGCGGCUGGGCAGAAUCUCCCGCGGCACGAGCACAAUCUCGCGAGGCAGCCAGCGGCUGGGCAGAAUAUUGCGAAUCAUAAGCACGGGGCCGGGAAUCACCACGGCAAGCUGCCAAAGAAGCCGUCCUCGUCGAUCCAGCAGCCGAUCGAGGCUAAGAAGGUCCCGGCACCGGUUUCUAGCACAAAGCCCGUCACCAAGCCCCGAUCUUCGCGUGACGAUGAGGCAUCGGCGCUCUCUCCCAAGAAGAAGCAGCUCAAGCUCAUUCUUAAGCUCCGGAAGCCUCAGCAGGACGCCCCCGAGCUCCCACCGCCGUCCCAGGGCGUGAGAUCUAAGGCCCCGGCCUCGAAUGGCGUCGCGUCUACAGGUCUAGGGUCUGGAUCUAGCGGGCUCUCCUCGCCGUCAGGGGGUACGAGGUCGAGGCAUCCAGAGGCUAGAUCGAAUGGCACGGCGGCAGCAGCCACAGCAGCUGGAGGGUCCGUGGAGCAUCGCCAAAGAACACCGGCAGCCGUUACUACUACCACUACCACUACCAGUGCCAGUGCUAGCGAGUCCAUGGAAGACGAGGGCUUGCAACAGCAUUCUUCUAGGAAACGAAAGUUUAGAGACGCCUCCGAGGGCACAGGCGAGGAGGAGAAGGUCGCAGCCUCCACAGCCGAUGCCGAAGAUGGUUCCAAGCGGAGAAUGAAGCAACAGGAGAAAGAUGUGAGAUUUGUCCCAACACCGACUUCCGGACUGCUCGAGAAUGGUUCUCCUCCACACAGGGUCCUUGAAGAGCUUCUGGAGAGAUUCCAAAAGAAAGAUACAUACGGAGUUUUUGCUGAGCCAGUUGAUCCUGAAGAGAUACCAGAUUACCUGGACAUCAUCAAGGAGCCCAUGGAUUUCAGUACGAUAAAAAAGAAACUCUCCAAGGGGGCAUACGGAUCCAUUGAGCUUUUUGAGAGGGAUGUUAAUUUAAUUUGCAGCAACGCUAUGAAAUACAACGCUCCGAGAACAAUUUAUUACAAACAGGCCAAAGCUAUCAAGGACAUCGCCCGAAAAGCUUUUGAUGUCUUGAAAGGUCGGCUCAAUGGUCACCGCAAGGGCCCUGGGAAACAAUCCAAGCUAAAGCGGUGUACAACCAGAAGGUUUUCUGAACAGCAAGGCACUGAUGUAACGCCCGGGGCUGGCUUAGCGGAUGGAAAGAAGGCAUCGACCAUUGACCGGGUGGCUGAUUUAUCUCACAAGUCAAAUUCUCCAUUUCAAAGUUCUGCAAACGAUUUCGAAUUUCCGGAAGGUUCUUUAUCAAAAGCUGCCUCUCUCAAGGACGGACGCCGACUACUUACUGUCGAUGAGAAUCGUCGUCACACUUACCGUCCUCCCGAGCCUUUUGAGGACGCUGUUGUCGCACAAAUUGUUCCGUCUGGAGUUCAAUAUGGUGGCUCGUAUGCUCAAAGCCUCGCCUUGUUCGGUGCAAACUUCAAGCGUCCGGCCUGGGACUUUGUUGCGAGGAAGAUUCGUAAGGUUUUGGCUCCAAAUGUUCCGUUUGGUCCCGGUUGGGUUGGAGAGCAUGAGAAGUCUUCACGACCUGACUGCUUACGAACCGAGCCCGCGGCACAACAGAUUCUUCCAAGGGACGAGGCCAAGGACUCGUCACAGCAACCUCCUGCGAUUGAAGUACCAUCCAGCAUGGCAACUACUUCUGCCAGUGCUCCUGCGGCUCCUGUACAGCUUCCAUUCAGGCCGACUGUCUCGAAAGUUUUCGACGUACAACAGCAGCACCAGCAGCAGCACCAGCAGCACCAGCACCAGCACAGGAACGGGGUUCAAAACUACAGGAACGUCGAGGCAGUGGCCCAGCAGCAGCAGCAACAGCAGCAGCCACAGCAGCAGCUAAAGAAGCCGCCCGCGAGGUUUCCUCCUCCGCUCCAAAGAGAUCAUCCAGGCGGUAGUGCCGCAGCUGAGAACCAAGCCGAGGCAAGCAGGUAUCCAGCUCCAGCACCUCCUAAGUUUGGUCCAAACGGUAGCGUAGGAUUUUCAGGCAUGGACGCGUCGAGGGGCGCGUGGUCGCUGCAGAAAGCCUUGGGGGUCCAGGAAUCAGGCGCAAGGGACAAGAGCAGCAGCAGUGGCGGUGGUUUGCCGCGAGUGUUUGGACAGGAGCAUGCGAAUCCAGGCCGGUCCAACGCCGAACAAGCGGCGGCGGCAUCCGUUCCGUCCACCAUGGCGUUCCAUGGCUUGUCAGCGUACGGUAACAGCAGCGGCAACGCCACGAGCGCCGGGGGCCCGUUGUUUGGAAUGCCGGGGCUCGGCGGCCAAGGCAUGAUGGCGAAACAAUCUGCUACCGCAACACCACCACAACAACCGCAACAGCAACAACACCACCACCAGCAACAGCAACUGAGGCCGGACAUGAACGCGAGCAGUGCCGAUUUUUUUAGGCAGCAAAGCCAUGACUUCCACCUCAAGGAGCAGCAGCAGCAGCAGAUGGGGGUGUACAACGCGAUCUCGCAGUCCCUGUUGCAGCCUUGGAAGUCUCAGAGGUUUCAACCGCAGCAGCAGCAGCAGCAGCAGCAGCAGCAGCAGCUUCACCACCUUCACCAGCAACAACAGCAUCAUCAGCAGCAACACCAACACCAUCACAAUCAGCUGCAGCUGAGACCGCUUCCUCCGGAUUUGAACGUUCGCCUCCAGUCUCCGAAGUCCCCACAGCACCAGGCUCAAUCCCAACUCUUGCUGAACUUACAGCAGCAGCAGCAGCAGCAUCAACAUCAGCAGCAGCAGCAGCAGCAGCAACACCAGCAGCCAGAUUUGGCUUUACAACUGUAAUCUGAGGGUUCCUCCUCUCCUCUUUUUUUUUUUCUUGUCAUAUUGUACGGUCCUGUAUAUAGACCAAUCCGCCGUUUUGUCCUCCUGGAAAACGCAAAGAUGAUGUCUUAGUCUCUUUUUU